AUGGCGGCCACUCCUGCUGCUGCGGCUAGAGAUCCCACACCGACGGAAGUCCGGAGAAGGAUAUCGAAGGCCGGCGCCGUCGCUGGUCCAGCCCGCGACGCAGCCGAGGAGAGGCCGCCAGUCAAUAAGAAGGUGAAGUUGGCAUAUCCGGGGUCCACUGGAAAUACUACCACCACCUCCGUCGCUGAGGAGACGCCGCGAUUUAUAGGAGGGGAUUGGAGAAUGGGCGGAGAGCGGGUGGCACCUCAACAUCACCCUAAUGCCCCUCUCCCCCCUUCUGUGGGUGGUUCAGCAACGGCGAAUGGCGCGAAUGCGACUGGAAGGACGGCGCAGACUACGGCGCAAAGAUACCUAGACCCCAAAAGUCUCCAAAAUCUUCGCGAAACAAUCUCGCAACAGUUCGACAUCGAAAUCCUCCUGAAGCAUCGAGAAUUGGGCCUCAUCGAGCAAGAAAUCGCCAAAACGCAAAUUUGUAUCGAGCAGCUCCGGCGCUGUACUGUAAAGCCCUACCAGUCCCCUGAGAUAUCACUCGAGCCCUACAUCCCCGACGCGAAACAGCUGGAGAAUGGUCCCCCGGAUUACUCACCGCCGCAUUGGAGUGUGGUCAAUGGCCCCUACACGAGACAUUAUCAGCAGUGGCUGCUGCCGGAUCCUACGUUUGACGGAUAUGGACCCGAGGGCCCUCCGCAAGUAGUUUUGCCCGCAGGUAAAGGUACCAGGAGUCAAAAGACCGUUGAGCAGACCCAGACAUACACGGUAAGCGGGCGGCCUCAGAGACAAAGUGUGAUGAAGGUGCAGCAGAGAGGUGGUGCGGGUAUGCAGCAGUGUAUCUUCCGAAAGAACGAUGGCACUACUGUCAGACUCGAAUGCCUUGAUUGUAAACGAAGUGAUUUCAGCUCUGCCCAGGGUUUCAUUAACCAUUGUCGUAUCGCACACCAGAGGGAAUAUGCGUCUCACGAGGCUGCGGCGCAGGCUUGCGGACAACUAGUAGAAGAGACGGAGGAGGGUUUUGCAUUGUAUCCCAGAAAUCCAGUAGAUCCACCAUCAAGGAAUACCCGCCAGACACAACAGACCGUUUCGCCGCAAUCAUCCUACAGCUCCACACCUCGGGGAAGUCUUUCAGGUCCUUCCGGCGUCCCCAUUCCUUCUAUACCACCUCCGAAGAUUGUACAAACGCCAAAAAACAAGACAACUGCAGCGCAGCGAAAGAAUGGGAAUCGUGGGACAAGGGCAGUUAUGACUACUUCAAGAUCGGCGGAAGGGUUCCGGAGACCACCCACACCGCCUAUAGAUGCGCCAACAUUCAAGACACCACACCUGGAGGGGCUGUUAAAAAGGAAGAAAAUUGAGGUUGAUCUGGCGACGAUGGUGAAGGAGGUCAAGGGAGAGAGGAUCAACUGGGAUGAUCACACAUAUUCAGAAGAGGAUGACGAUGAAUCAGACCAAUCUGAGACAUCAGUAUUAUCGCGCAGGGACACUGACGGAGAUACUGUUAUGACGGAUGGUCCUCCGGGGAAGGAAGAACACAGAGAAGUGAGACGUUUCUUGGGAACUGAGACACAUGCCGCGAUGGUUGCAACUGUACCCGAAAGUUUAACUGUGACUUCGGGUCGGAGUGUGUCGAGAGACUCUCCCACUCCAUUUACUACACAACUACCAUCGCCACCAGAACCCAAAACAACUCAAACACAGCCUCAGGCAAUUGAUACAAAGCUCGGUCAUCCGAAGCAAGCAUCUUCUAUGAUGCAAUCUCUAAUUGAGGAGAAAAGAUCCCUAUUGAACUUUACUGGAAUGGAUGGAAGCUACGAUUACGAUGCAUCCUCCAGCGACGACGAGGAUGGAUACAAGAGUGAUGCGGACGCUCACGAAGACGUUGAAAUGGAAGUUGAGAGCGCGGCCAGUUCUACUAGUGUUGGAGACCAUACCACUAUCCACGCUGCCAGUUUUGGAAUGCGCACUCCUGUCUCGGCGGAAAAUAUGGGUCGUUCAUCUAGCCCACAAAGCCCGCAUCCUGUUAGUCAUACAGCAGUUGUAGCUCCAAUCAGUCCCGCACUUUCGAUCGCGACCGACGAUAUUGGGAGAGAUAUGGUGACUCCAGUUAGGCCUCACACUCAACAGAUGCCUACUCCGUUGAUGACACCGAUCUCUCCUGCCGCGGCAGCAAACAUGUCGAAACAAGUUCGAUUCGUCAUGCCAAACUCCAAGAACGGGAUGCGGAAAAAUCCCAGCGGCGUUCUGGAAACCGGCCUUGCGAAGAUGAAGUCUGGGAAUGCUAGAAAGCCAAGUGAUGUGUUUGGCUCUCAAGAGAAAAGGUAG